CUUUUAUUCGUCAACUUUGCUCGAUUUUGGCCCGUAGAGUUCGGGAGUAAAAAAAACCAUAUAAGCCGGAGCUGCCAGCCAUUAAGAUCCAUCCAAACCAGUAUACCCAGAAUCAUACGAUAAGAUAAGCCAAAGCCAAAGACCAAAGACCAAGCCCUUCGGCGAAGCCACACAAGCACUAGCAACCAAGCACACCACCCCAAAUCCACUAUCCCGUAAUUGCAUUUCCCAGUAUCCGUAACACUGAGAACCUUUUCAACCAUAGGCCUAUCCGAGACAGCCAUCAUGGACGUAAUGUCAUCAUCCCUGCAGCAGCAGCGCGUCGUGGUGGAGCAGCUGCGUCGCGAGGCGGCCAUCGACCGCCAGACGAUCUCGGAGUCGUGCGCCAAGAUGAUGAAGUACAUCACGGAGCACGAGCAGGAGGAUUACCUGCUCACCGGGUUCACCAGCCAGAAGGUGAAUCCCUUCCGCGAGAAAUCGUCGUGCACCGUCCUCUAAGGAGGCGGUGAUGAGGGUCCGCCGUUGCCGAGGAGUCAGCGAUCGCCGGCGGACGUUUAGCUUAUUUUUAGUUUAGCAAGAUGGAUUAGGACGCAAACGUGUGUGGAGUACUUCCCCAGUACCAGUCAACGCCACCUGGAACAAUAUAUAGUUGUGCAAGAGCCACAAAAGCUACGAUUGUCAUAAGCAAUAUCAUUACAAGAAGUUUGAAUUCCAAUUCUAGUUCCAAUUGCGAGGAAUAUAUAAAUAUAUAUUUGAAUCGAUAUAUAAAUGUGUACCAGCCACGUUAAGAAGUAAUGUCCGACCCAGAAUCACAAACUCAAUGUCAAACCUAAAUACCUAAUAUAUCUAAAUCUAAAUCGAAGCAUUUGUUCCAAAGAUAUCAGAGUUGUUUCCUUCCCGAUGAGUAACGCAGUUAAUGUACACGAAUAUCCCAACUAUAACGACAAUUAAUGCGCUGACUAUAGCACCUACUACUCUACCUAAACCGAAAUUCUAUAUAUACAAAACUAUCAACUUAAUCCGACAUACAAAUUUAUAUCAAUAAACGCAAACUCAGUCGAAACGGAAAUACAUAUGUUAUAUUUUGCCUUCUUAUUUCGAGAAAUAUCUGUUGUAUUUGUUGAAAAUUGAGAAGAUAACGAGGCGAGAGUAAGAAGGACAAGUUGUAUUGAAAAUAUAUGUAUUUUGAAGCUUAUUAACCACCAGCGGGUGGAUCGACACCACAAACAACAAAUGUAUCUUAUUGAAUUACUCAAAAGCUUUAACACGAAGCAGAAAUGCUACCCACAACAACAAGCUAGUUGAACUUAUCGCAAUAUUUAGUGCGUUUAUUAUCCAGUUUUUCUUAGUCAAAGUAUAUAACGAACGUUGCAGUAAGCGGCAAGAGCAUAUAUAAUACCAAAUAACUUCAAAAUGUAAUCAAUAUUUAUCUCUUAGCGUAGUUUCUCCAUUUUAAUUCACUACGGCGUAGCAAGCCGAUAUCCAAUCCAAUUCAAUGAAAGCAAAAAGUUUCGCAAGACCAAUAACUUAUUUCAUUUCGUAACAACACCACCAUUCAAAUGUCCUCAGAAACUCGAAAACUGUCCGUUUCUCCAGUUUGGCGAAAAUGUCGAGAAGAAUGUGUGAUUCUUCCCCCUCAAAGGCACCCAUUCUAAUCAUAUAUGUGAACGUGUUGAGCGCAAUUAAUUGAAGUAUUGGCAUGAGAGAACAGUAACCACACAAGCAAGUUAUUUUUGUACAAACUAACAUGGCAUAGGGCACCUUUGUUCGGUAUUGGAAUGAUAGAGGCAAUGAUUAUCCUGUAGGGAGAGCACGCGCAUGAUAUCAGCACACACCCAGUCGUACAUACACACAUGUUGCAUCCCGAAAUUACGAUUCUCGUCCCGCUGAGACGGACUGACCAAGUCGCCAGCUCAGUGUUGAUGGGAAUGUGGAA